AUGCGUGACUUGAUUGUAUAUCUGGAUCCAACACCUGUUGAUCCGCAAACAGGUGUGCUGGGCAGAUUCUACCAGCAGUUAAAAACACGUAUUUUGGGUGAUGGUGCUUGUUGUUUAACUUGCACGGCAUCUCCUUUAGACCACAUUGGUGACAAGAUUAUCGGUCGCGUGAUGUUUGAACGCAAAGCUCGCUCCAAAUACGACCCUGUCCUACAACAUUGGGAACCUCUGGAGGAAGAGCAAGUUGUACGGGAACCGACUGUUGUAUUUGUAAUGACAGCUGAACAGGUUUGGGAUAGUAUGACAAAUGAGUCACUCAUGACGUCUCUUAAAGCGAAUGAACCACGAUCUACAUUAGGACCCUUACAACGAUUUGUGCUUAUAAUUGGCUUAGAUGCAUUAUUCCGACGAAUUCGUGCAAAAAAGAAUCGCACGUAUGCUGAAAUGAUCCGUCAACGCAUCGAAGGCAAUAUGACAGCACAGGUGCAAAUGCCAGAUGAUCAAACACGAGAACACAUGGAGCAGCGUCUAUUACAGUUGCAGCUUCGACACCAAUGUCAUGUAGUGCGAGUGACUCAAGCCGAAGAAGCUGUUGAGUGGGUAUAUUCCAUCGCAUGCGACAUCUCGAUUCGUCCGUACAAACAGCUUGAAAGUGAAUCGGUAUACCAUAAAGUUAACAAGGCGGCGUCAAGCAAUAGCUUCAGCGCAUAUCGAGCGAUGCUGGAAGAAAUACCCCGUUGCACAUCCAAUGCUUCUGCAGCCAUUACUGCCAAAUAUCCUACUCUUGCUUCGUUAAUGCAAGCAUAUAAACAGGCAUCAUCAACAGAGCAAGCAGCGGACUUAUUGACUAAUUUGAUAUGCGACGGUCGACAUCGGCGCCUUGGAUCACAGCUUUCACGACGAAUCCAUUUGGCAUUCACAACUUAUGACGCAAAAGCUUCGGUUGAGUAG